AUGGUUCAGGGUCACAAGAACAGAACCUGCUUCAGACCACAACUAGCGUGCAUACCAGGAAAAGAUGAAGGCAUCUCAAAGUGUCCCCAGGCUGCCACAUGUAACUGUGAGAAAGGGGAAAGAGGCCUUCCUGGCCCCACUGGUAAAAAGGGUCGCACUGGGGCUGACGGAGCUCCAGGCCUGAAAGGAGCAAAGGGGGAGCCAGGUCUUGAUGGACUCCCAGGACAAGAUGGAAUAGAGGGGAAAUCUGGAUAUAAAGGAGAGAAGGGUGAAAGAGGGGAAUGUGGAAGCCCGGGGAUAAAAGGAGACAGAGGUCCUGAAGGUCCAGUAGGCCCCAGAGGAAGAAACUCACUCUUGUUUUAACAGGGUCCACAAGGACAAUCUGGAGAUCAAGGGCCUAAAGGCCUGCAAGGAUCAAAGGGUGAAAGAGGAUUCCCUGGACCACCUGGCUUGCCUGAAGAGACUGGAAUAGGAUUGCCAGGCCUAAAGGGUGACAUCGGUUUGACAGGAAGACCAGGCCCUGCUGGCCCACCUGGUGUUGGUGAGCCAGGACUUACGGGGCCUCAAGGACCACGAGGUGUUCAAGGAGAAAGAGGUUCACCAGAAGGGCUUCCAGGAGCAAAGGGAGACCACGGUUUUGAUGGACCAAAAGGCCCUCGUGGACUUCCAGGCAUUAGUAUGAAAGGUGAAAAGGGGGAAUUUGGUCCUCCUGGUUUACCUGGGCCAAUUGGUUUACCUGGAAUUGGAAUUCAAGGAGAAAAGGGAGUGGAGGGCCCAAAAGGACCACCUGGCUCUAGAGGGCUACCAGGACAGGGACUAUCUGGACCAAAGGGUGAACAAGGCUUGCCAGGAGAGACUGGAGUGCCAGGAGAAAGAGGUAUUGGAGAACCUGGUUCUAAGGGAGAGCCAGGAGCUGCAGGACUGGCAGGUCUGCCUGGUCUUCCAGGGGAAGAUGGAGCUCCUGGACAAAAGGGUGAACCAGGAUUACCUGGUCUUAGAGGUCCUGAAGGUACUCCAGGGAUUGGAAUACAGGGAAAAAAGGGAGAUCAAGGUCAGAGAGGAAUACGUGGAUUAACAGGACUAACAGGAGUGCCUGGACCCACUGGAGCUAAAGGAGAACCUGGUGCUCCAGGACAUCUUGGAAUGCCAGGCCCUCCUGGAAGAGCUGUGCCUGGACCAAAGGGUGACAUAGGGUUACCUGGUCAUGCUGGACCAAUUGGAGAACCAGGUUUUGGCCUUCCUGGGGCAAAGGGUGACCGAGGUAUGCCAGGACCACCUGGGCCCUUUGGUCCAAAAGGAGAUGGAUAUCCUGGCCCACCUGGCUUGCCAGGCCCUCCUGGGAUUCCUGGUGAACAAGGCCCAGAUGGAAUUGGACUACCAGGACCUAAGGGUGAUCCCGGUAGUAGAGGACCAAUUGGUCGCCCAGGUCCCCCAGGAGAAGGCCUACCAGGACCAAAAGGAACCAUAGGACGUCCAGGGCCACCUGGCUCUCUGGGACCUCCUGGUGAAGGUAUUCAAGGAGUUAAGGGGGAACAAGGAAUUCAAGGAUUGCCAGGACCACGAGGCCCUGCUGGAGAAGGGCUUUUGGGACAGAAGGGAGAUCGAGGAGCUACAGGUGAAAAGGGGAAAAAAGGAGAAAAGGGUGAUGUGGGUAACCCUGGUUUAUCUGGAGAACCUGGCAAAACUGGACCAAAGGGAGAACAAGGCCUGACAAGAGAAGAUAUAAUUAAGUUAAUUAAAGAGAUAUGUGGUUGUGAUACUAAAUGUAAGGAAAUUCCUAUGGAGCUUGUAUUUGUGAUUGACAGCUCCGAGAGUGUGGGACCAGAAAAUUUUGAGAUUAUCAAAGACUUUGUAACUGCUUUAGUGGACAGAAUAACUGUAGGUAGAAAUGCUACCAGAAUUGGCCUUGUGUUAUACAGUUUAGAAGUUCAGCUAGAAUUUGGCCUCAACAAGUAUACAACUCAACGGGGUGUUAAGCAAGCAAUUAGAAAAAUGCAGUACAUGGGAGAAGGCACUUACACAGCAACUGCUAUCCAUAAGGCAACCCAGGAAGGAUUUUUUGGUGCUCGAACAGGAGUGCGGAAAGUAGCUAUUGUGCUAACAGAUGGCCAAGCCAACAAGAGAGAAGCUGUACGACUAGAUACUGUCGUUCAAGAGGCUCAUGCAGCAAACAUUGAAAUGUAUGCUAUAGGAAUUGUAAAUACUUCAGAUCCAACACAACUUGAGUUUGUACAUGAACUAAAUCUGAUUGCUUCUGAUCCAGACAAAGAACACAUGUGUCUUGUUGAUGACUUUAAUACCUUACCAGAUCUGGAGUCCAAAUUAGUCAACCAGUUUUGUGAAGAUGAACAUGGUACCUUAAUAUACAACCAUAAUAGAAAUGGGGCAAGCAUAAGUGGAUCAUCUUUCCAUUCAGUAUCUUCAAGUUCUUUACAUUACAUACUUCAGAAUAACAAUGUUAACAGACAGCCACUUUCAGUAGAGAUACCUGGAGUAUCUACAAUAGAAAGUCCUCUGAGACCUCCUGUGGUGGUAAAUGAAGAGGAACAAGAAGAGGUGGAGCAGUCAUCCUUACAAACAGUGGACACCAGAGCUGUAGUACCAUUAUUGCCAUUGAAACCAUCACCAUCAUCACAUAAAGUGAUGACAUCAUCUUUUGCAACUGCAGAUCUCACACCAAGAUCAGUAAGUAUCCUGGCCCUCCAGUGCAAGUUAAGGCUGGAUCAAGGGCCAUGCCAUGUUUAUCUCAUAAAAUGGUAUUAUGAUGAACAAGCAAAUGCUUGUGCUCAGUUUUGGUAUGGUGGCUGCGAUGGAAAUGCAAACCGCUUUGACAGUGAAGAGGAAUGUAGAGAGGCUUGUGUAUUUUUUUCUGGAGAAAUCUGA